GCUUUUCUUGUGAGGAGGAGGCGGUGUGAGGGGUCGGAACAAGCGGAGGGUGUGGGUUGAGGGCACCGCGGUGCCAGGUGGUGGCGCCCUCCUCGUCCCCAGGUUGUCCUUAAGAGGCAGCGCGGCGUCCCCUCACGCAGAGCACAAUGGCGGCUGUGUGGAGAGCACUGAGCAGCCUGCAGCCCCGCUGCCUGCACACCGCCUGCAGCCGCCACAACUCCAACCGCACCUCCGUCACCCACCUCCGCCGCCAGGUGUACGGCCGCCUCUACCCCCUGCUGCUGGUCCGCACCGAUGGCUCCACCAUCCACAUCCGCUACAAGGAGCCCAAAAGGAUCCUCAUGCUGCCCAUGGACAGCAGCACGUUGCCUGAGGCGGAGCGCAAGGCCCGGCUGCGGCGGCAGUUCCCCAGCAAGCUGCAGGCCAGGCAGGAGGAGGUCUUGGAGGAUCUGGACUUGGAGAAAUACAAGAAAUUUUGGAAGAAAUGAGGCACCGAUUUGGGAUUACCCCCGCACCAAGACUCUCUACCAAGUGGUGGCUGAUGGACACAGCUAUAGAAAUAAAGAGAAGAGCAGUUUUGUUAAGAA